AUGACUGUAUUUCUUCUUCAACGAUUCUCCCCCAGGCUGUACAUCAUCCGUUACCUACCGCGCCUGCGGAUCCUGGACGCCCAGCGGGUCAAAAAGAUGGAACGUGACUUUGUCCGUAGCCAGCAGAGCCAGGAGUACGAAGAGGAGGAAAACGGCAGCCGGCACCACAAGGGCAACGCACUGCGCCACCUGUACGCGAGUCUGAGCACGGCCCUGGGGGUGCGACCGAAGGAUCCACCGGUGUACCACCCGCUGCCGGAGAGUAUCCGCGAGGCCGGCGACCAUCGGGGGGCGUACGGGAAGUGCCGCUACCGCUACAUCGGGGCACAAUCCGAGGGCAAUCGGUUCAUACUCAACACGGAUUUAUGA